AUGCCCUUGCAAACUUUGCGCACGACCCAUCAGAAAUCACAACUCCCCCCUUCCUCAACUCUCAAAUCCAUCCACACAACCCUCCACCUCCUCCACCACCGCAACAAGAACCAACAUGGCAGCACAAAGUGGUGGAAAUGGCUGGCAAUGCUGAAGCGGUCGAUAGCACAGUUGAUGAGAGAUGUUGAGAGAUGGGAGUGGAAGGAGGAGCACAGUGCUCAUGAUGAUGAUGAAGACAGCAGCUUUCAGACACAGAUUCUUAAGAGGAUGUGGUAUUUGCAUGUCUUUGUUGUGCCGCGGUGUUAUGUUGCCUUCUCCACUGUUCUUGUAGAUAUGCAAUUCUCUGCCCUGGGUGUUGUUCUUCUUGCAGUUCUAGCACAGGCUGCAAAGACUGUUGCACAUAUCGAGGGAUUUCAUCUGCUUGCUCUGGAAUCCAACACUAGCACUGAUAACAACUCAAUGUCAGCUAUUGCCACUGCAGCCACUGCAAUUCCUGCUAUCUCUAUCAAUCGCAGUGAGAAUGUUGGUGUUGAUGUUGGAGAGGUGGUGAACAGAUUGUUACAUGUCCCAGAACUGACAGCGGGUCCUGCUGCUUUUGGGGAGAAAGGGAAACAGAAGAAGAAAAGGGAUGAUAGUGGGCAGAAAGGGAAGAAUGAGAGGAAGAGAAGUCCUUUUGUUUCAGAUGCUAUCAGAGAAAGACAAAAGCUGGGGAUGACAGAGAAGUCUAGGCAGGAGAGCUCAUUGACACAGUUGGAUGAGGAUGAGGGUGAGAAGGAGGCAGCCCGGCAGAAGCGGAAGAAGAUUAAAAUAAAACAAAAGAAGCAGAAUAGAGAUGCAAUUGAUGACAUUUUCGGGAAGUUGUAAUGUUGGACGAUUUGGCGUAAUGUUGUUGCCUUGGAGCAGAAAUGCAGUUGUUUGGCCCGCCACC